UCUAUAUUCACUCUGAAAACAGAUGCUAAACAAACAAAACGAUUGUGAAUAUGGACUUCGGAGUUUAAUUGGAUUAAUAAAGUAUGCAGGAAAUUAUAAACGGGCAAACACGGAAGUACCGGAUAAUGAGAUUAUUUUACUAGUAUUCCAUAAAACUACUUUAGCAAAUAUCAAUAAGGAAGAUUUACCAAUAUUUAUGGAUAUGAUAAAUAAUUUAUUUCCUGAUAUAACUCCACCUGAAAUAAAAUGUGAAGUUUUAAUAGAUGCAAUACAACGUAGCAUGUUGAAAAACAAUCUCCAACCCACUGAUUCUGCUGUUUUGAAAAUUGUUCAAUUAUACGAAAUCAAAACUUACAGGUCUUCCGUUAUAAUAAUAGGAAAUUCUGGAGCAGCUAAAAGCAUUACUUGGAAAACACUAAGAGAUACACUAAUCUUACUGAAGAGUGAACAAAUCAAUUCGUUCGAAACCGUUAUUGAAUAUGUUUUAAAUCCAAUAACUUUAACUACAGAAGAACUAUAUGGUAAAUAUAAUCAUGAUACACAUGAAUGGGUGGAUGGAAUUUUUUCGUCAAUUAUACGCAAAAUUUGUUCGGAUAAUGGAUUAGAACAAAAGUGGGUGAUACUAGAUGGACCAAUUGAAAGCCGUUGGGUUGAAAAUAUGAGUUCUGCAAUAGACGAUACUAACAUUUUAAUUUUAGAAAAUGGCGAACGCAUUUUAAUACCAAAACAGGUGUCUUUUAUUUUUGAAGUAGAAGAUUUAAAAGCUGCAUCCCCUGCAAUUAUUUCGAAAUGUGGUAUAGUUUAUAACAAUCAUAACGACUAUGGAUGGCGACUAUACGUCAACUCGUGGUUAAAUAUUUGUAAAUUUAAACUGUUUAAAGAUGAGAUGAAACUCAAUUUUGAACAUUACAUCGACGAUUUACUUGUAUUCAAAAGAUUAAACUGUACUGAAAUAGUUUCUUUAACGGACCAAAAUUGUAUAAUAUCUUUGUGUAAGUUAUUAGAAAGCUGCACCUUUCACGAUUUGGCUGAUAAAAUUCCCAAUGAGUUAAAUGAUAGCCAGUACAAAUUUUUAAUUAAGAUUUGGUUUAUUUUUUGUAUGAUUUGGUCAAUAUGUGGUUGUUUGAGUGAAGACGGAAAAAAUAAAAUUGAUGUAUAUAUUAGAAAACUUGAAGGCAUUUUUCCUGUAAAAGAUACAGUUUAUCAUUAUUAAGUCGAUACAAAUUACUGUAAAUUUCAACAUUGGGAACAAAAGCUCUCAACUAAUACAUGGACAUAUGAUAGAGAAGUACAAUUUUCCAAAAUAAUUAUUCCAACGAUAGAUACUGUUCGCCACAGUUAUUUAAUUCAAUCAUAUCUAAGUAAGAAUCAACCGGUUUUGUUAGUUG